AUGGCGCAAAUAAUACAUGUUCUCAUUGGUGUUGGUGUUGGCUUAGCAGUAGUGACAAUUAUAUCACUUUUUAUUUCUUGUGUCAGUCGACUUGAUACAGAUGAAAUUGCUAUUCCAUAUAAUAUAAUUACUAAGAAUCUUCGUCGAGAAGUGAAAACAACUGGUUUACAUUUUGGUUCACCAGGUUUUACAUUAAUUACUUUUCCAAGUGUCUUUACAUCAAUGGAAUUUGAUGAUAUAUCAUGUCUUAACAAAGAUGGUGUUUCGAUUAGUCUAGAUGUAAUAUUUCAAUUUCGAGCUGAUCCAAACUAUUUAUAUGAUAUUGUUAUGCAAUUCAAAGAUUUUUCUGGAUAUAAGCAAAUUCUUGCUGCAACAGGACAGGGAGCUGUUCAUGAUACAUGUGCACACUUUAAUACAACUGCCUUUCAAAGUAUGAGAGGCUUUUUUCAAGUUAAAUUAUUGGAUAAAAUGAAAGAAUCAUUAAGUCCAUUCUAUGCUAUUCUUCGAGAUUUACAAGUCAAUGAUGUUCGUCGACCAUCAGACUUUGAAACAGCUGUCAAAGAUAAAGAAGCAGCAAAAGAAAAUAUCAAAAUUGCUGAAAAUGAACGACCAAAAUUAUUAACACAAGCUCGUACAGAAUAUCAAAAAGCAUUAAAACAAGCUCAAAUUAUUCAAGAACGUGCUGAUACUGACAGUACAAUUAUUCGAAAUCAAGCUGAUGCUGAAGCACAAGCUAUUCGAGCACGAUAUUCCACUGAAACAGAUACUUAUGUAGAAUUGAAAAAUAAAAUGCGAUUUAAUGUUGAAUCCUUAUUAACAUAUAUGGCUGUUCGUGUUGUUGGUACAUCGAAAAAUGAUAUUUAUAUCAAUUUAAAGUCACCAGCACAAGUCAAAUAUGAAUUAUAA